UGCCUGCACCCUCCUUGCGUACGUUCAACAAUUUUCAACAUUUUUCUUUCUGGGUGUUCGUGUUUCCGUGAACGUGACUCCUCGAGUACUAAAACUGCAUGUUUGUCGCUGACGUUUGUCUUUGUUGUCAAAAUGCAAAACAGAAAAAGUAAAAGCAGCAGUCCUAAACAGAGUUUCUCGUAUUAAUUUUUCUUUAAAUUUUAUCAAAAUUACAGCAAUAAUUUGUAGAUUUUAAUAUUCAUAGAACAACCCAUGUGAAUAGUGCAAAUCUUCAGACACCAUGAAACGUCAAAGGGUCAAAAAUGCAUCCCAUCGUGUUUACGUGGAUCAUGAGCUCGAUUCGCUAGAUCCGGGAAUGGUUUUGAAUGAAACCAAGCCGAGCUUGCUAGAAAGAUGGAUGGAAGCACAGGUGCUACCGGGAGAUACCCUCCAAGCCAUCGCUCUUCGAUUCAAUUGCACGAUAGCGGAACUAAAAAAAAUCAACAAAAUAGACAAAGACAAUGAAAUAUUUGCUCGAAGGAUAAUCAGAGUGCCAAUCACACCUCACUCAAUUUUACUAGAAACGCUGCCGAAGGUGCAUAGUAGUGGCAAUAGCAGUCCAAAGAAUGUUCCAAGUUUACUGCAAAAUACCACGUCCGUUUUAGAAAAACAAACGAAUUUGGACGAGAAGUUGAUAGUGGCUGCAGUUAGCAGUGCUUCUUACAAAGAUAGUAAAGAAAGUCACGUCGUUCUGAACGCCAGAAACGAGAAUGAUCACACCAGCGUCGACGAUCCCCUGAAGGGGUCAAGUAGAGCUUACGCUGAUAGUGAUCCCAAGCAGCCUUUACUCAGUGGGGAGUAUGAUGAAAGUUUGCCACAACCGCGGCCGGUUCGAUUGCCAGCCAGCGAUUUUUCCUGCAACGGAUCAGACUGUGAUAUUUCCUGGAUUUGUCUUCUGGUGUGCAUUCUGGCGCUUUGUUUCGCCAUCCCUCUGAUAUACGUGGUCUACGUGGCGGAACAUCCAGAAAAGUUUCACCACAGCUACGACACGGAUCACAGAACGGUGGACAUUCGAAAGGCUAGUAUUCUCAAUGGAAGUAAUAUAAGUUUUACCAUGUAGGAAUAAUCAACCGUUUUUUUGCGUUUAUCCAAGCUGAUAAAGUUUCAGUACACAGAGUCAAACACUGAAACAAGCCAAAGAACAAACAUUUGUUGGAAGUUUGUUUUUCAUGUAGUUUGUUCCUGGUAAAUUAUUUGAUCCUGUGUACUGCCCCCACUCGCAUAACUGUCCCAUUGGACUUUUCAUCACUUUUGAGUUAACGUUAUGAAUAGUCAUCAUUAUCGAUAUACUUCCAAAAACAAUAAUAAAAAUUAUGAAUUUUUAUGUCAAUUUGUGAAAAAAAUACCAAGUCAUGAGC